AUAUUGGUGUCACUGUAUUUUAUCUUCAUAAGUUAAUAUUACAAGAAUGGUAUUUACUGGAGUGUUUACAGUAUGUAAUGUUUUAUUAAUCUUCCCUGAAAUAAUAAAUUAACGAUGUUUAUUAAACCGUUUAAAGUAAAAUCUAAUAACCAAUUAAAGGGUACUGAAAGGAAAAAAUUGUGCGAGUAUGUACUUAUUAAAUAUCCAUCUCUAACAGAAGAAGCAGUACAGGUUUUAUUACCUAAAAAAGAAUCAAUUACUGUUAUGAGGAUAGUAACUCACAAUGGUCAACUAUGUAAAUUGUAUUGCGUUGCAAAAAUACCAAUGUUCUUUCAAUUAGAAACAGAUUUGUCUAUGUUUUUUCCAACGAUUUACACAUUAUGGUAUCAUCCACAAUUAUUAUACGUUUUUACUAUGCGUAUUCAAGUAUUACCAAAAUUGGCAGAAGGGGCAGAUUUGAUGUUACCUGGACUAGUAGUAAAAGAACCAAUAACAUUCUAUUCUUAUGGUAAAUUAGAAAAAGGUACUCCAGUAUCAGUGAACACAGAAGAAAAUCAGGCGCCAGUAGCUAUUGGUAUUACUACACUCUCCAGUGAAGACAUGUAUUUAUCUGCGGGUCGUGGAAAAUGUAUACAAAUUUAUCAUGUAAUGGGUGAUACUCUUUGUCAACUAGGAAAAUCACCUCCUAGACCUGACCUUGGUCUUCCAAAUGUUUGUAAAGAGGAUCGGUUAGAUGAGAAUGAAAAGGAUAAUGAAAAAUUAGAAAUAACAAAAAAUGAUUCUGAUGAUGCCACUUCUGAGCCACUGUCUAAUUUAAUUGAUGAAUUACAAAUUGAUGACAAUGAUAGCGCUAGUAAAGUAGACUCCAUAUCUGAGGAUAUUAUAAAUAAAUCAGAAGAACAAGAAGAAAAAGACCGUAUUUCUGAAUUCUUAAAUGUCACAAAAGAAAUGGAUGAAUUAUUAGAAUAUUGCUUUUUGAAAGCAUGUAAAACAACACUGAAAGUCACCGAUCUGCCCAUAUUAACCUCUACUUUUUUCAAAAAUCAUUUACUAAUGGCCUGUCCAUCAGAUAAAAAUAUAGAUAUAAAAAAAUCACGUUACAAGAAACUAUCUGUUUUUUUAGCACAUAUGAAGGCUAAAGGACUUAUUAAUACUUCUGUGACAAAAGGAGUAGAAAGUAUUUUAUUAGUGGAGUUUAAGCAUCCUUUAGUGAAAGAAUUAAUUGUUACUGAAACGUCAGCUCCACCAGAACCAGUUGUUUCAAAUACAGUUGGCGUAUCAGAUUGCUAUAAAGUAACUAGUGAUGUUACACCAAUAUUAUCAUUAUAUGGAUACGAAAAAGGCGACACUAUAGAAAGACGGCAAAUCAGAGAGUGUUUUACAAAAUAUAUCAAAAAAGAAAAUCUUCAAGAUGGGAAAAUUUUGAAGUUAAAUCCACAACUUGCUGGAAUUUUAAGAACUAAAGAACAUCAAGAAACCUUAUCAGUUGAGGAUGGAAUUAAUAAGUUUGUAGGUCGUAUGACGCAUAUGCACCAAAUAACCUUAGCGGGUACAACGAUCUUACAUAAAGGAAAAUUAGAACCAAUUGAUAUGAGAGUAACCAUGAGAUCGGGAGGAAAGAAAGUGACAUUGGUAAAUAAUCUAGAAGCAUUUGGAAUAAAUUCUAAAGACUUUAGUAAAGAAUGUCAAAAUAUUGGCGCAAGUGCUACAAUUAUUGAUGAUCCUGGGAAGAAAACUCCAAGCGUUCUAGUACAAGGAAAUCAAAUCUUAUAUGUCUACAAAUUAUUAACAGACAAAUAUGGAAUAAAAAAGACUUAUAUUCGAGGUUUGGAAUUUGCACCGAAAAAAAAUGCCAAUAAAAAGAAAUAAACUUUCUGUGUUAAUAAAAUACAUUUCAAUAUCAUAACAAAAAAAAAAUUAAAUAUAAUGUAUCUUCAUAAAUGUGAUUAAAGCCAGUCUGAUUCUUUACACGAA